UCCAGUGAAAAUGAAGCCUCGGAUCAUGAAUUGGAAACAAGCAAUAUCACAUCAACUAGCAGCGAUUCUCCUCCAAUGAGCCUGAAUGAGGCGACUCACCUUUGUCGUGCCAUGCGUGACAAACACCUAUACAGACGUAGUCAUCCGUCCACAGGCGACUCUUCUGACAGUGAGGAGGAGGAGGAGGAGGGGGAUGAUGAUGAUGAUGAUGACCCUAUGAGUGAUGAGGAUAGCAAACUUGUCAGCAUGGACACAUUUGAUACACCUCAAUCGAUCUCAGUGUAUGAAAAUGUGCGGUGGACCCUUGUCAGACCUCCACCCUCACCCACUCCCUCUGCCGCUACAAAUGCCCAAGGUGCUGCUCCUCUCACCUCUGCCCCAGAGCCCUCGCUGUUGGUUCGGAAGUAUGGUCUCUCCGGCUCCAUGCUGCUAGCAAAGCAGCGCUUCUGUAUGGCAGAUCCCGAGCCUAUACACAUCGAUCCACGCGCCUUUAGGGCAACGAAGAACAAGGAGCGUACAACCGAGACCAUCAUCCCUGAUUGUAGUGAGCAGGUGGAGUUCCUAUUUGACGCAAAUCCUACCUCCCUCCCUCUCAUUGAAGUAGUAUCUCCUUCAGUCAAUGAAGUAGAUUUCUCGUUGACCAACGCGUUGGCUAAGGUGAUGCCUCUCCUCCACUCCCCUCCCACUCAUCUUCACGUGGCUCUCAACACUGACCCGGUGGAGCUACUACCCUCGCUAAUGCCAUUGCCUCUCUGCAAGACAGACUCCGCCGAUUCCUCAAUUGUGAGCGAUUGUGUUACUAUGAGGUGUGAUGAGAUAAAUUUGGCCAAACCGAAUUCCUAUGGCCCACAGGAGAUAGACAAUGUGGUUCCUACCACAGGAGUGGGAUCCUGUGUUACCCCAUGUUGCUCCUCAACCGUACGGAGUGUGGGGACAGCUAGUGAAGGGAGACGAGUCAGCUCUUCUGACUCGACGGUGCAGUUCUGA